AUGAAAUCAAGCCCAGACGAAGACUGGUCCAUCAUCUCGUCCUCGGACUACGAGGAAGACCUGGCGUCCUCCCUGUCUGUGUCCCGCCAAAAUGGCGGUAAAAACAGCACGGAAAAUUACGAGCUCGAUAUGGCCAGCGCAAGUGUAUCCACGGUUCGCCCGUUGUCCCAAUCGGGCAAUCUGGCGGGGUCUCGAUUUCUGGAUUCUUUAGGCUGUUCUCAGGGAGGGGCCCCGGGUUUGGGCCUGCGCGGGGCCCCGGGCGCAAAUGGCGCCAGCGACCGCGGCCCUGGCGGCGCGGAGCCAAUUCUGGCCCCAGCGGCCCCAUGGUCUCUGCGGCUCGCGCAACUUUUGGCCCCAUAUAGCGCCGCGCGCCGGGCUGCGGCCUGCGGCCUGCAGAGCCUCCGCGAAAGUAACGUCAAUUUGAAGAGCCGACUGCGCAAAAUGUUCCACCCGUCUUUGGCCCGGAUGCGUAGUCGUUGCGAGCGGUUUUCGCAGCCUAGGCUCCGGUCUGCUCUGUUGGCCACGGUGGCGGUUUUGGAGGCACAAGAGCAUCUUCUUGUGUACUUCGCAAUCUUGGCAGUUGUUGCAACAUGCGCGGGCGGUGUGCUUGGAGCCAAUCUCCUUGUCUCGCGCCACCUGUACGCGGGCCCCGCUCGGACCUGGGGCUCUUUCAAACAGUCCAAGAGUGGAAGUUGCGAGGCAGGCAAUAGUUGUGUGCGAGUUUGUUUGUGGGUGCAGAGAGCCUUUGACCUCCUUGCCACAAUAGGAGGCCAAUGCUCAGAAAAGACCCGCGGUGCUUUGGAUUGGGUGCUCUACGAAGACAUUCAGGAGAAACAAGGAUGGUUCGGUCACAACAUGCGGGCACGGAAAUUGCGAUUCGGCAGGCUUGCGGUGCAAAUGAACACACACUUGAACGUGGCCUGGAACUCUUUGCAGGGCCUACGCACAGCCCAGGCUUAUGCCGAAUUCCGGGACAUGUUCUCUGCACAAAAUUUCUCAAGAGCCCGUGGUUUCGUUCGCGCUAGGGCCAGCGCUUUGGCUGCUAGCCUAGACAUGGAGGCCCGGUUGGCGCAAUGGAGAUGUGGUCUCGGACUGUUCGCAACGCAGACGCUUCAUGCGUACAAGACCUUCUCCGUCAAAAGCUGGAAGCAUAUUAGCUCUGCCUCACAGAUUGGUUGGGACUUCGGCUCCAGAACGUUGCGGACAGCGUUGGAGUCGGCCAAGAAGCGCACCCAGGUUGAAAAUACGGAAGACCUUAAGAAGAUGUUCUUGCGUCAGUCCCAGGUUCUUCGUGGCUCACUUGUGGAGAAGUACGAGCGAAUCUCCGCAGAGGCACUGGGUUUGGGAGCCUCCUUCCUCCUGAUGGCUUCGAAAUACCAAACUCGAAUUGAUAGUGUUGAAAAGCGCGCCCGUAUGUUCGACUCGGUGAAGCAGGCUUCGCAGGGAAAGGUCAACUUAUGGACCAGACGAAUUCAGGUUGCUGCACUCGAGGCUUUUCGCUUGUCUCGCAACAUGACCGAGCUGGCAAGCUAA